AUGACUCUAAGGAAUUUGGAUACUCUUCCAUUUGAUGUAUUUUAUCAGAUCGCGACCUCGCUGGAUGACCGUGAUUUGGUAAACCUCAGUCGCACCAAUCGUACUCUCUAUUCUCUAUCGCAAAGCGAACAGAUUGCCCGCAAAACCGUCGAGAAUGUUCUACCUUACAGCAAAGAAGGUCAAGCUGCUCUGGCAGCCCAUUCGGGGUUUCGAAAAGCUGUCGGGCAUCGGCUGGCUAUUCACGAGGCGGUCGCCACGGCAGAUCCAUACUCGGUGGUUUGCCUAGGCUAUGGGGCUGAGUUUCUUUACAACCAAGGCUAUUUGUGCUACCGUUCCGACUAUUGGAUUCGGGUGCUGGACGUGCAUGGUACUGCGUUCAGGGAGCGUGUUCUGGACCUCCGCGAGGUGAUCCCUCGACUGCCGCCAACUGGCCCCGUAGAGCCGGGAGCUGAAGAUCGGGUGACGCUCUUGAACUACUGCGACAAUAUUCUCGUCUUUCGAGUGGCCGAUCUAAAUGCGACCGAGGACGCCUUGCUCGUGGUCAAUUUGGCGUGGCGGAAAACUCACCAGGGACGGUUCCUGCUCCAUGGGGAAAUCCCAGCAUCGGCCCCCAUUUUUGUACGGCACUGCGGAUCCUACAUGUGGUAUGGCACCUUUAGCUCCACCGAUGGUUCGGAUGGUGUGUGGUCUAUCACUGGGGUGGAUCUCGAAUCGUCUCUAUCGAUUGACGUCUCGCUCGACCGCGUGGUCGAUGGCGAUCUUGGCCAAACACUGUGUUUUGAGAUACAUGAUGAACAUCUCUAUGCAGUUUCGACCCAGCGGGUCGUCGAUAAUGAAGUACACUCCUCUUUUUACCAUUGGUUCUGCUACGCUCCUCGCGAAGACGGCCGCAAAUGGAACGGCCGCUUGUGGCGCCGAGAGCAUCAAGAAGGCCCGAUCAAUGAGAUGUGGACUGAUCUUUCAAUCCGCAAGGAUGAGACGACGGGCCGGCCAGUCAUUCUUGAAUGCCGCCGUGAGUGGCGCGAUGGCAAGAGCGAAAAUCACCGUACAUGCUACACACAGCGACUCCCCACGCCAGAAGAAGCUCUAGCACCCCUUUCAGGCGGCACUGGUGACAAUCCCUCCGGGGUGUCGAUGGAUGAUGACCUGGAGAACGAGCACCCCUACUAUGAGCGACCUGCAAAGAGGUUGCGGCGGAAUUACCAUGCCGAGUAUGAGUCUGGCUCUACCAAACGGCAGGAGUUCAUUGCAGCUCGCACCAAGCACCGGAGCUACCACCUCGGUGCAUCCGCCUUUGUUGACAUUGUGAACGACCCCACCGGUAACAGUUUACGAUCCCGAGAUAGGAUCCGGUUGCGUACGGUGUCGCGCAAGCGCAAAGGUCCUAUUGACGAGGAGGGAAUUGAGGGACCUCGCAAUCGAUUGUUCCAACCCACCCAGGUAGGCCCAGAUGGCUUACCCAUUGAAGGCUCCGAAGAACGCUUUGAGUGUCGUGGUGUGCGUAUGUGGCCUCCAGAUGACGCCCCGCCUGCAUUACAAGAGUUGCUUUGUCCAAGUCCGCGCACUGGAUCUGUGAAAAGUAUUGCCGACGAACGCUCCAUCAUCUAUUCGAUUGACGCCCCUGGACUUCCCCCCCAUCAACAAGCUCUGAUCCUCCUUAACUUUGAUCCUCAUUUUCAAAUCCCUAUGACGACACCCCUUCCCACUGCUACCUCUCCUCCAGAGUACCAGGCUCCCCGGGAACUGUUCCCAAAGACGCUGAAGCCACCACCUCCGUAUUUUCCUUCAUCCAACUUGGUGAAAGACGCUCCACCCUUUUAUAUGGGUAUCAAGCGCGGGUACUAUCUGCGUGGGAUAAGGGAUCGAUUUUGGAAGACUCUUGAUCCAUAA